AUGGGAGCGAGCCAGCUCCGCAGCGGCGCGCCCGGAGCAGCCCGCCGAGAGCUCGGCAGCCUCUGCCCCCGCCCCCCCAGGCGCCGAGCCCCCCGCCAGCCCCGCUCUCCCUUCGGCAGAGGCGGGAUGCCGCUCCCGCUGGCCGCGGACAGGGCCCGCCCGCCAGCUCUGGGCGUCGCCGCGGCGCAGACCGCUACCCCCCCCCUCAGGCGCCGAGCGGCCCCGACAUGGCCGCCCCUCCCCAGCCGCCCGCCUUCUGGCACGACCCCCUCUUCCCUGGGCCGCGCGGGCACAGACCUGGCCCCUUCCCGGACGGCUCAGCCCGGCUCCCCGGGCGGAACAGAAUCACUCCAGGCAAAGCAAGCUGCCACGGAGUGCAGACAGCCAGGGACCCUCAGCCCUGUGCUUCUGAGAAAGCCACGUUUGCUGCUGCCGCUGCUAGCAAGGAAUGGUUUGAGGGCAAUGGCUACCAAGAAGAACCGACCUUCCCCAGAAGAGCAGCACCUGUCAUUCCUACCAGUGCGGCAGGAGCAGCAGCCACCCCUCUUCCUUUCUCUCCCCUCUGUUAGAUACAAUCCUGUCCCCAUUCCACGUCUCUAGGGCAACGUUCAGUUUUGCAUAUGCUUUUGAGAUACUUUGAUUCAGCCUUAUUCUUCAUGCAAUUUUUAAAAUACACAAAGUAUAUAAAUCUGACAACGUUUUGAUUUCCUCGAUCGUCUCUUUCUCUGUUUAUAGAUGCAUGUGCUCUCACACCUUUCUAUUUUCAGGGUGGCUGGGAUGCCCACUUUGCUGUGUGUUGUUGGCAGCAGAUGUUCAGCUAGCCUGGGAGUGUUGCAAUUAGCAUUCCUUUAGCAGCUGUAACAAAACAUAGAUUUUUGACUGUACUUGCAUCUUUAUCCAGUUGGUAGGAUGUUUACAGCUAUAUACUGAAACAAGUAUAGGAAACAAAGGAAAAUCUGCACUUGGUGCCCAGAAGACUCAAGAGGUUGACUUGGGAUAUAAGAGUGGAAAGUGGUGCCCUGUGACCCUCUAUAUGAAAACCAGCUAGGAAGAUAAAAUGAUGCCAUCCUUAAAAAUGCAAGUCUCCCGUGGUAGUAGUUGAAAGCAGAGAGUAUUAACAUUUCAUUUAUUAGUGUUCUGGGUGACUUUUGUGACAUUUUUUUGUUUAUCCAGAAAUCUUUGAAGCUUAUUUUGGAAUUAAAAAAACAACCCAA